ACAUUCAAAAUUUGUAACGUAACGGUGGACCUGACCACCUCACCUGUACCUAUUCCUCGUUCACCUUCUUCUCUCGCUGUCUUCGCAAUGCACUUGAAUAUUUUAAAUCUCUGACACAUCUGCGAGAUCGUCAAUCUCUAUUGAAACCACGUUCUAUUCAUUCUGGCCACAUCAAACAAGACAACAAAAUCGAAUCGAAGACCAAACACCCACAUUGUUUUCGUCAAGGCCUAACUAAGGUGAGAGUGGGGGAGAUGAUUGAUGGAGUCGAGUGGGAACGAGCGCGUGAGGACGAUACGGGAGGUGUGCGCGAAUGGGAGCUCCAUGGCGACAGCUGAAGUUGAAGCUAAACUCGAUGAAGGGAACAUUCAAGAAGCUGAAUCAGCAUUGCGAGAUGGCUUGUCUCUCAAUUUUGAGGAAGCAAGAGCUCUUCUCGGAAAAUUAGAGUAUCAGAGAGGUAAUGUCGAAGGUGCUCUUCGUGUGUUUGAUGGGAUUGAUCUUCAAGCAGCAAUACAGCGACUGCAACCUUCCCUUUCUGAAAAGCCAACCAUCAAGAGAGGUCCCACCCGUACUGAGUCACCUUCCUCGGUCUCACAGCAUGGUGCUAGUUUGGUGCUUGAAGCCAUCUACUUGAAAGCCAAGUCUCUACAGAAGCUUGGGAAGUUUACUGAAGCUGCUAACGAGUGCAAGCAUGUUGUUGAUGCUGUUGAGAAGAUAUUUUAUCAGGGUAUAUCUGAUACUCAAGUGGACAGUAAAUUGCAGGAGAUAGUCAGCCGUGCGGUAGAGCUCCUUCCCGAGCUUUGGAAACAGGCUGGUUGCCAUCCUGAGGCAAUUGCUGCUUACCGGCAUGCCCUUCUUAGUCAAUGGAACCUUGACAAUGAAUGUUUCGCGAGAAUUCAGAAAGAAUUUGCUGUAUUUUUGCUGUACAGUGGGGUGGAGGCAAGUCCACCUAGUUUAGCAGUUCAGACUGACGGGUCUUACGUACCUAAAAAUAACCUGGAAGAGGCAAUGCUUCUUCUUAUGAUUCUCUUAAGAAAGUUUAGCCUAGGUAAGAUAACUUGGGAUCCUUCAAUUAUGGACCACCUAACAUUUGCACUUUCAGUAUGUGACCAAACUACUACAUUAGCUAAGCAACUUGAAGAGUUGAUGCCUGGUGUAUAUCACCGUAUCGACCGUUGGAAUUCUUUAGCUCUUUGUCAUAGUGGAGCUGGACAAAACAAAAGUGCAUUGGAUUUGCUAAGGAAAUCAUUGCACAAGCAUGAACGACCAGAUGACCUGACAUCGUUAUUAUCAGCUGCCAGGAUUUGCAGUGAGGAUCCCCAUCUUGCUGCCGAGGGAGCAGGAUAUGCGCAGAGGGCAAUCGAUAAUGCCGAAGGCUUAGAUGAGCAUUUGAAAGGUGUCACUCUUCGGAUGCAGGGACUUUGCCUUGGCAAGCAAGCUAAGGUUGCUUCAUCUGACUUUGAGAGGUCUAUGCUUCAGUCAAAAUCUCUGCAAUCAUUGGAGGAUGCAGUUAGACUAGAGCCAAACAACUCUGAUCUAAUUUUUGAAUUGGCUAUUCAAUAUGCCGAGCACCGAAAUCUGACUGCUGCUUUACGCUAUGCCAAGCAGUACUUUGACAAAACUGGUGGCUCCAAGUUGGAGGGAUGGAGAUUACUUGCACUGGUUUUGUCUGCCCAAAAAAGAUUUUUGGAGGCUGAAGUGGUGACUGAUGCUGCUUUAGAUGAGACUUCAAAAUGGGAGCAAGGGCCACUGUUCAGGCUGAAAGCCAAGCUGAAGACCUCCCAGUUACGACCAAUGGAUGCUAUUGAUCUUUAUCGUCACCUUCUUGCAUUGGUCCAGGCCCAGAAGAAAUCAUUUGGGCAUCUUAGACCUAGUUCACAGGUUGAGAAUGAUAAAAUACAUGAAUUUGAUGUAUGGCAUGGUCUGGCAAAUUUAUAUGCAAGCCUUUCUCAUUGGAAAGAUGCUGAAAUCUGUUUGCAAAAGGCCAGAGAGUUAAAGGAAUACUCAGCAGAAACAGUACACACUGAAGGUGUUAUGUUUGACAGUCGUGGACAACUUGAAGAAGCUCUUGUGGCUGCUGUUAAUGCUGUCCUGCUUGAACCAAACUAUGUUCCAAGCAAGAUCUUGGUAGGAUCUUUGAUGCUGAAAUUGGGUUCUAAAGCUCUGCCUGUUGCUAGAAGCUUGCUUUCUGAUGCACUUAGAAUAGAACCCACUAACCGCAUGGCUUGGUAUUAUUUGGGGUUAACUCACAAGGCUGAUGGCCGAGUGGGCGAUGCUGCUGACUGCUUCCAGGCAGCUUACAUGCUUGAAGAAUCGGAGCCCAUUGAAGAUUUCAUCUGCACGCAUUGACUGGAUUCCAUCCCUAAAUAGUUAACUCUGCGGUCAGACUGUAAAAUUUUGUUGCUAGUUUUGAAAAUGCAUCCUAGUUGAUUUUCUUCAUUUUACAUUUUUUAUAUCUUGUCAUCAGAAACCAGGCUUUGAACCAAAAAUAGAAAUACAAAUAUUGAAUUAAAACAGUAAUUAGGAAAUAAGAAGAUAAGAAAAGGAUAUGAGUUAAUCUGGUGGUAGGAGGGAUGAACUGUAAAGAACAGGAUAUGAGUUAGUCUUUAAUGUGGUUUUCUCCUCAGCCUUGUAAAAUGUGUGAUGUUUUAUCAGGAAAUUUCAUUUUGAAAGAGAUUAAACUAUUAAGGUUCGUUUAUCUUCUCUUUA